UUUUCUGGCAUUUUCCAUUAUUUUCUCUUCUAUAAAUUCAUCCUUUUCCUACCUUACUCAACCUCCUCCUUUUCUCUUCGCCGCUCAUUCUCUCGCCGCCACAAUCGCCGGAUUUCCGCCGUUGUCGGAAUUUCAUCCCCAUCCUUUGUAAAUGCUCAAUCUCUUGAUGUUCUUGAUGUUUCAGAUUCAUGUCUGCGAUUCUCAGUGAAAUUCUCCGUUCUGGUUUUAUGAUAAAUUCUUCUCUCCGCCGCCGUACGCAUCUUGUUCAAUCUUUCUCUGUAGUCUUCUUGUACUGGUUCUACGUAUUCUCAUGAACUUCCUUCAUUCCUCACCCUAAGAUUAGCGCGAUUACACCAGAUCGAUUGCCGAUUUGAGAUACUUAAUUUCUUUGUGUUGUUAUCAUCGUCGUUCCGGUUUAGGUUUUCGCUUUCUGUGGUAGAUUAGAUCAUCUGUAAUCGAUAAUCUUUGUAUUGUGCUCUGCUGUAAAUUUAGUUGUUAUCAUCUCCAUCUCUAUGGCUUCUGCAAGUGGAAAUUCCUCUGGUUCCACUAGGCUUCAAAACUCAGGCUCCGAAGAGGAUUUGCAGGUUCUUAUGGAUCUGAGGAAACGGAAAAGAAUGCAAUCGAAUCGCGAAUCGGCGAGACGAUCUCGGAUGAGGAAGCAACAGCAUCUGGACGAAUUGAUGGCGCAGGUGGCUCAAUUAAGGAAGGAUAACGCUCAGAUUCUUUCCAAUAUCAACGUUACUUCGCAGCUUUAUACGAACGUGGAUGCCGAGAACUCGGUUCUGAGAGCUCAAAUGGCCGAACUGACGCAGAGAUUGCAAUCACUCGAGGAGAUCGCUAAUUUCAUCAACACCGGCGGCAGCAAUGGCGGAUUUGGAGAAACAGAGGAGGAAGCAUUUCAGAUUCAGACAAAUGUGGCCGCCGAUAGCUUCAUGAGCCCAAUGAAUUUCCAGUAUGUCAACCAGCCAAUCAUGGCCGCUGCUGAUAUCUUCCAUUAUUGAAUUCUAAAGCUUAAAUUUCUUGAUCUGAUCUGUGUGCUGGAAAAAUGUGGAUCGAUCUUCUGGUGAUUUCCCUAGGGUAAUUGGAACAAUCUUAAUCAGAUUCAGAUGUGCUGAGGGGAGCAGAAAUGUGGUCUGAAUUGAAAUUAUUUUUGUAAAAGGGGGCCUUUCUGCAACCCUCAUCAAACUCAUUCCUCUUUUAAGUAUAAACUCUUAAUUUACUCCUUGAUUCUUUUUUUAUUAUUCCCUUUUAAACAUGAUUGGAGGUUGGAACC